AUGUCUUCGAAUGUCGAGGUGAUUCAGGAUGAUGCGGCCCUCUUGGCUGCGCUGGGCUACAAACAGGAGCUCAAGCGCCAAUUCUCCUUUUUCUCCAUGGCCGCCAACGCGGUCAUUACCGCCAGUGCUUGGACUGCGAUGAUCGGAUCUAUCAGUACCUCAAUCUAUAAUGGUGGCGCUUCGGGGUUGCUAUACGCAUGGAUUGUCGAUAACUUCUUCUUCCUCUUUGUCGCUCUCUCCAUGGCCGAGUUGACCUCGGCCAUGCCCACCUCUGCCGGAGUCUAUCACUGGUCUGCCGCCUUGGCUGGCCCAAGGUUCGCGAAGCCCAUUGGCUUCUUGACGGGUUAUUUCAACGUUCUGGGGUAUACAUUGGGUCUUGCUUCGCUAUACUCGGUCGCUGGUCUGGAAAUCACCGGCCUGUAUCAGCUAUGGCAUCCUGAUUAUAAUAGCCAGCCAUGGCAGGUUUUUGUCGUAUUCGUGGUGCUUACCUGGUCUGCGGCGCUGUUCGUCCAGUUUGGUAACAAGAUCUUGCCCUUGUAUACCAAGGUCGGCCUCUUUGUCAAUGUGGGUGUGUGGUUCGUCGUCGUGAUUUGCAUUGCCGCACUUCCCAAAACCCACUCCACCAACUCCUUCGUCUGGAAAGAGUAUACCAACAUGACCGGCUGGCCCACAGGCGUGAGCUUCAUUCUUGGUCUUGUAGGACCGGCCUUUGCCAUUGGAACUAUUGACAGCUCCACGCAUAUGGCCGAGGAGGUCCCCAAUCCUUCCAAGAACAUUCCCAAGACUAUUCUGGUUCAAUGGUUUGGAUCAUUCUCAAUGGGCUUCAUCGUCUUGAUCGCCAUCUUCUAUUCUGCGGGCUCUCUCGAGGCUAUCUUGAACUCGGCACCCAAUUAUCCCGUCGCUAGCAUCAUGGCCCAGUCUUUCGAUAACCUUAACGCAGCCUUUGGCUGUGGCCUGAUUAUUUUCAUCGCUUCCUUGACAGGACAGGUUGGUUUCCAGAUUGUCGCUGUCAGAAGUAUCUGGGCCUUUGCGCGUGACGGUGCAUUGCCAUUCUCCAACUUUUUCUCCAAGAUUGACGAGCGCAGCGUUAUGCCUGCCCGAGCUAAUAUCCUAAUUGCCGUCGUCACCACUGCUCUCGGUGCCCUAUAUGUCGCAUCGACAACCGCCUUCAACGCCCUCGUCGCAUCCUACGCCGUUAUGUCCACCACCUCCUUCGGCUUCGCGAUUGGAGUUCACCUCUUCACUGGUCGUAAGCGAGUUGCCCCUGGAUGGUUCUACCUUGGCGACGGAUUCAUGGGCUUCUUCAUCAACGGCGUUGCCAUCGCUUAUAUCCUGGUUACCAACGUCUUCUUCUGUCUGCCCCUUAACCGGCCGCCGGUCGAUGCCAAGACGAUGAACUAUACCGCGCUGGUGUCAUAUGGAAUGGCCAUCCUGGUCGUUAUCUGGUGGUUCAUUGGUGGCAAGAAGUCAUACAAGGGUCCGAAGCUGUCUGGAGAGACUCAGGAAGCUCUCGAGGGAAUGGGAAUGGCUCCCAGGGCACAAGGAGAGCAACAUGUUGAAAGAGGCUCUGUGCGUCUGACAGAGAAGUCCUAA